AUGAUCGGAAGCGUCACGCUCGAAGCUGCUCAACUGGUUGAUAUUAUCAACUGGAUCAAUAGCCUUAUGAUUUCAAUCCGUGAAGCUCAUGUUAUACUGAAGCAAAAUGCAUCAACCCCGAAGUCCAUCACUCAGACUCAAUUCAACACAAUCUCCCGAGCGAUGUCCGACAGUAACAUAGGCUGGACGCUCUCAGUACCUGUCCCCGACCUCAUUCGCAAGAUCCUUGAUGGUAUUGAUAUGCGUACCGUGGAUUCAGAUAUCCCAUUAUUCAACAACGGUCAGCCGCUGGAGAUUAGAGAGCUCAAUUCCUUAAUCAUUGUCGGAGUCUAUCGUACUAGGGAGACUGCUAUCAUUGAUUUUAGACUCGCGGCACAAGCAACGCUUGAGCAAAUGUUUGGAGUUCAAGACCCGGCUAGGGGAACGAAGGAGUCAAAUGAUCAAACCAAGGUGAUGCUUGCGCGAGCUAUCUGGCACACGAUGUCGACGGAGGAGGAGAACGACCAGCUUCAGUAUUAUAACAAUGAUCUCCUUCUCUUUUAG